UAUGGAUUAACUAGAUGGAUUUUAGAUUGUUUUAGCUGAUGGAUCAGUUGGGUUUGCAGUUUAACCAAAGGAAGAUUGUGAACAUUUUAAAUAGACAGAUCUAAAUGAAUUGUAAAAUAUAUUGUAAAUUAAUUUAGAAUGAAGUAUGUUGAACAAAAUAGAAAAAAUUUAUUUUCAUAACCAUGUGUAUAAUGUGGAGAUUGUAAAGAAAAUUGGGUAUGUUAACAUUGUAGAGAAAUUCAUUGUUCUCGAUUUGUAAAUUGUAAUUUAAAUAUUUAUUAAUUUUUAGCUCACAUGGUUGAACAUAAUAAAAAAAGUGGACAUCAAAUUGUUCUAUCAUUAACAGAUUUAUCAUUUUGGUGUUAUGAUUGUUCCUCUUAUAUUACUAAUUAUCUAAUUUCGAAAGCAAGUAAAUUGUUAUCUUCAAUCAAAUUUAAUAAUUAAGAAGACAAAAAUGAUGAGACAUAAGAAAUUAAACAAUUAAUUGAAUAAAUUUCUAAUUUAAAGGUUACUAAUGAAGAUGAAUUCAAUUAUAAUAUAUUAAUAGAUGGAUUGAAAAAUAAGAAAUUCUAAAAAGUAUGUGUAUUGGCUGGUGCAGGAAUGAGUGUAGCUGCUGGAAUUCCAGAUUUCAGAACUCCUGGAACAGGAUUAUAUUCAUAAAUAUAAAAAUAUAAUUUGCCUAGUCCAGAAAGUGUAUUUGAAAUUGAAUAUUUUAAAAAAAAUCCUGAAGCAUUUUAUUGUGUAGCAAAAGAAUUCUUACUUAGUUUUGAUGCUAAACCAACUGUAGCUCAUAAAUUUUUAAAAUUAUUGGAUUCAAGAGAACAAUUACUAAGAUGUUUUACAUAGAAUAUAGAUGGUUUAGAAUUAGAUGCAGGAGUCACAUAAGAAAAAGUCAUAUAAGCACAUGGUCAUAUGAGAUCUGCUAGAUGUAUUGAAUGUUAAGAGGGAGCUUCAAUUAAGGAUUUCAUGAAUCAUAUAAAAAAGGGUGAUAUUCAUAGAUGUGAAAAAUGUCCUAAGAAAGGAUUGAUCAAACCUGAUGUUGUAUUUUUUGGUGAAGGUUUACCAGGAGAAUUCUUUUAUAAUUGGAAUUGUUUAAAAGAUGCAGAUCUUUUAAUUGUUAUAGGAACAAGUCUUAAAGUGAUGCCUUUUGCAGCUAGUGUAGCUAAAGUUGGUCCUUCAACUCCAAUAGUAUUGAUAAAUAGAGAAAAUGUUUUACAAGGAAGAAAGAAUUUACUACAUCUUGAUGGAGACAUUGAAGAAAAUUGUAAAAAGAUUGUUUAAGAUAUGAAAUGA